AUGGUGCAAAAGAACGAGGCAGACCUCAGGACGUGCCUCGACGAGUCUAAAGCAAGAAAGACUACCCGCACCGAAGCUGCUCUACACCUUCAUUCUCAGCCCGUAGAUUUACGUGAGCAGAUCAAUUCCAAAGCCGAAGACUUGCGCGCCAAGCUUGGUCAGCCGAAGCAACAUGAUUUGCGACCAUGCCUCGAAGCGAAAAGACAAGCGCAACGAGAAUUGAUGAAAGUUACGAACACCUCACACCUCAACGUCAUAAUGGGUGGUUCACCUCCUUGCGGGGACUCGGUAAGAGCAGUUAAAGAUUACAUGCGGCAAGCCAUCACCGCCCAGAAGUGGCCUUCGCAAGUCGAAGUAGAUCAUCAAAUCUCUUUCUCGGCGGCCGACACUCACGGCAUCAGGAUGCCACAUAACGACCCACUCCUAAUCGAUAUCGGAAUUGAUGAAUGCCAAUUCACAAAGGUUCUCGUCGACACAGGCAGCUCAGUCGACCUUAUCUUUCGGGACACACUCGACAAGAUGGGAGUUGACCUGCGCGACAUGAAGCCCUCCUCACACACUCUCACGGGAUUCAAUGGCUCCUCGGAACAGAUGAUUGGGACAAUUCGUCUCCCAGUUUACGCAGGUGAUGUGACCCUCACUGUUAAGUUCUCUGUUAUCCGGGCUAGGGCACCCUACAAUGCGAUCCUCAGAACACCUUGGUUACAUUCCAUGAAAGCCAUUCCCUCCACCUACCACCAAUGUGUUAAGUUCCCUGGGAAAGAUGGAACGAUGCAGACGGUCCGCGGGGACCAACAAGCCGCAAGAGAGUUACUUAUCGCCGCGGUCAAGCUACAACAAUCACUUUCUCUCGUCAACAAACCAAUACAUAAGAUCUACCCUCAGAAGGAAGAAAUCCACGAGGUUCCCAUCGAUGGAGCCGACUCAUCGAAGGUCGUGCGCAUUGGCGCCUAUCUCUCCGACGAUCUGCAGUCAUUAAUCAUUUCUUUCCUCAAAGAAAAUGCCUCGACCUUUGCAUGGGUAACUUCUGAUAUGAAGGGUAUAGACCCCGCAAUAACAUCUCACGAGUUAAACGUCGAUCCGACGUUCAAGCCUAUUCGACAGAAGAGACGAAAGCUUGGACCCGAACGGUCCAAAGCAGUAAAUGAAGAAGUUGACAGGUUGCUCGACGCAGGCUUCAUCGCCGAAGUACGGUACCCGGAAUGGCUAGCAAACCCCGUCGUUGGUAAAAAGAAAAACGGGAAAUGGUGCAUUUGUGUUGACUUCACAGAUUUGAACAAAGCAUGUCUAAAAGACAGUUACCCUCUCUCGCAUAUCGACCGUUUGGUGGAGUCGACUGCCGCCAACGAGCUCCUAACAUUUACGGACGCUUUCUCUGGGUACAAUCAAAUCAUGAUGCAUACGGACGAUCGCGAGAAAACGGCAUUCAUAACGGACAAAGGGACAUAUUGCUACAAGGUCAUGCCUUUCGGCCUAAAGAACGCAGGAGCGACGUACCAGCGUCUGGUCAAUAGAAUGUUUGCCGACAAACUCGGCAACACUAUGGAAGUUUACAUUGAUGAUAUGCUGGUCAAAUCACUUCGCACCAAGGAUCAUCUCAACCACUUACGAGACUGCUUCAAAACGCUGAACGAGUACGGGAUGAAGCUCAAUCCAGCGAAAUGCACCUUCGGCGUCACGUCUAGAGAGUUCCUAGGUUACAUUGUCACCCAGCGAGGCAUCGAAGCAAACCCCAAAAAAAUAACGGCAAUCCUCGAUCUCCCUAGUCCGAAGAACACCCGCGAGGUUCAGCGUUUAACCGGAAGGAUUGCAGCACUGAACAGGUUCAUCUCAAGAUCCACAGACAAAUGCCUCUCGUUCUAUGAGGUCUUGCGAGGAAAUAAAAGAUUCGUCUGGGACGAAAAAUGCGAGGAAGCCUUCAAUCAACUGAACCAUUACCUAACGACACCUCCAGUUCUGUUGAAGCCCGAGGUCGGAGACACUCUAUCCUUAUACAUUGUCGUCACCUCCUCGGCUAUUAGCAGCGUCCUAAUACGAGAAGACAGUGGCAAACAGAAACCUAUUUUCAACACCAGCAAGCGGAUGACGGAACCGGAAACGAGAUACCCAACCUUGGAAAAGAUGGCCCUAGCUAUCACCACCUCGGCAAGAAAACUCAGACCUUAUUUCCAAUCGCACACUAUCGAGGUACUCUCCAACCAGCCCCUUAGGACGGUAAUGCAAAAUACCAACCAAUCAGGAAGGCUAACAAAGUGGGCAAUUGAGCUUAGCGAACACGACAUCGUGUACAAGAACCGCACAGCUGCUAAGUCGCAAGUUCUUGCUGAUUUCCUGAUCAAGCUAACGCCGGAGUUAGAACAAGAUCUUGUGCUGCCAAGCCUGAACUGGAUACUGCACGUAGAUGGUUCAUCUACGAACAAAGGUUUAGGAGCGGGCGUACAACUCCAGUCACCGACAGGCGAACUAAUCCCACAGUCGUUCAGUUUUGAUUUUCCGGCGUCCAACAACGAAGCCGAAUACGAGUCUCUCAUUGCAGGCCUUCGUCUCGCAAAGACAGUAAAAGCUAGACGAGUCAAUGCAUACUGUGACUUCCAACUCGUGGUGAGUCAAUUUCUCGGAGAUUACGACGUCAGGAACGACAGAAUGGAUGCUUCCUUGAAACUCGUCAAAGAUCUUACACAAGAUUUUGAAUUCUUCGAGCUAACGAAAGUCCCUCGCAGAGAGAACGUAUGUGCGGACGCGCUCGCAGCCCUUGGGAGUAAGCUACACGAUCAGGUGAAAAGGACAAUCCCAAUACAUAGGAUUGAAAAGCCAAGCAUCAGCCCACCGACAGAACAACUUGCCAUUGCAGCAUCUAUCGCCGACGCCAUGGAUAUCGACGAAGGGGAACCUCGCACAACGGAAGAGCAACUCGAAGAUUGGCGAACGAAAUUCAUCGCUUACCUAUCCGACGGGAUACUACCUACAGAGAAAUGGGAAGCAAGACGACUCAAAAGACGCAGUGCGCAUUAUGUCUUCAUGGAUGGAACACUCCAUCGAUGGACCGCAACAAAAGUACUCCUUAGGUGUAUCUUUGGAGACGAAACAAGGCUGGUCAUGGCCGAAACACAUGAAGGAGCAGCAGGCAACCAUUCAGGAGGACGAGCUCUCGCACUAAAAGUCAAAAGCCUUGGUUUCUAUUGGCCAACAAUGAACGCAGAUUGCGAAUCCUACGUCAAGAAAUGCGAUAAGUGCCAGUGA